GACUCUGCACCAGCAAUGCGGUAAUUUACAAUCGAUCUUCGUCUUUAUUAGAUGCCGUGUGUUGAGUAAUUUACAAAAGAAACACAAGCUGAGCGUCAAAAGUCAAAGUCUAUUCAAAGCAAAACAAUAAAGCUCUCAAUCCGCAGGUGAUUUAGAACAUUACUUCACAAAAAUGUCAAACCUCGACAGGUAGCGUUGAUUUAUCAGGAGAUUAGUUGUUGUUACGAUUAAACACUGCAAGGGGAAUGUGUAGAACCAGCGGUGUUGCUACACUAGCAUUUCAUUUGAUUUUUACACGACCACUGACAGCAUUGUUCACUGAAGGGCUGAAUAAACAACGCGGCAUAAUUUUGUUAGAACACAAAGAGGAAAAUUAAAAAACACCCAUAGAUUACCGGAAUGUUUUUAAUGAAUCGUUUACGCUAUUUGUGAAGACGUGUGAGCUCUGUGAGGUACGGGGAAAGUAAAUGCUAUUGAACUGAUCAAACCCAUUUAAUAUUAACCCAAACUUAAAAAGAAAAUGUCGAGAUUGCAAUAGUGACGUAUGCUAUUUGAUUGUGGUUUUCCUUCGCAGUGUUGGCUUGACAUUUAUUGAUAGAUACUGUUACACAUUGCAGCAGAAAUCGACAAUAAAACAGCUCGGCAAAACAAUAUGUACGUGUUAUGUAGCAAUAGCGAUAUAGAAAUGUCUUACUCGAUACACUAAGUUACCGAGGGAAUAGUUGUCUAGUGAUCGUGUAGGUUGUUGCUACGAGUUGGGACGACAUUGCGAGAUAAUACAUCAUCUGCCGAGACAGCGACAGCUACUGUUUUCGAGAAGACAUUGGCUUGUCUGACUGGUACCCUGUUUCGUCAUUUAAAUCCUUGUCAAUGACCUGAACUCAUCACAAAUGGUUUACUGUGAACAGAACGUUAUUUCAAACUCCCAAAGGGACAUCACUCUGAAUGGAUUUGUGACAACCGGAAGUUAUUACCUGCCCUUGACGUCGUCUGCAUAAGUCGCAGAUUGAAGUGUGUUGGUGUAAAGGCGAAAUUUGUUUUACGCAUUACUUUCACGGAUGUGUUCUAACCUGACACCCUAAAGGAUCAGUGAUACACCAUCCAUACCACUAACUACAGGACGUAAUCGUGUAUUUGAAACAUAGUUGUGAAAACUUCUUCAGAAAGUAUGAAGCUUAUGGGAUUUCCGGGCGAUGCUUUCGCCAAAUUGGACAGAAAACCCAGGACAAUCAAGAAGGACCCGUCUUGUACUUUCAAAGAAGUACAUCUUCCUCCCAUAACGGACAAGCGUAAAGUUGGGCGGCGGGGAAGACAAAAGCCCAAGACAGUCAUUCGAAAAAGGUUGAUGGAGCGUCCGAAUCUGGACUCAAGGAAAGGCAAGCGACCACCCUGGGCCGCAGAUGGGAAGUCCCAUCACGCAGAGUAUCUCAAACGUCUCACGAGACUUCGCGAUCAGCUGGUCGACCAGGAGCAGACGAACCUUGCACAGGCCCUUGACCGACUUCGCAUGCGGCAAAUCAACAAAGAAGACGCCAAUUUUCGUCUCAGAUUGAGAGAUUCCGGAACAAAUCUGUAUUCUCCUCGCAGACGUGCCAUGGUUACAACUCUGGAGAAAUUUAGGAAAAUGAGACCCCAGAAAAACCCGCCUAUGUUGUUUCCAUUAGAAGGAAAGCAGCUGAUAGAGCCGAAAGGCUCUGACACUCCACGAACAUUUCUUCCGGAAGGUUCUGAUGACGUGUCAGUGCCCGUCAGUUCACGAGUUGAGCAGACUGUCCAGCUGAACCUUCAGAGACUAGCACAGCCUAUAUCGAGCAUUCCGAACAUUGGCAGGAAAGCUUUAAAACGUGAAGACCUGGUUUUACAGAGUCACGGCAUGGACAAAAGGACGCCCAAGAACCCGAUGUUGAAGCAUACCCACGCUCUUUCACAAGGAACAGCAUUAACGCCACUGAAUAGAGCCAGACAAAUUAACGUGGAUCUGGUUCCUGAUUCUUUCAAACUUGAACCUCUCACUGAAGGCGAUCAGAUAGACAUGGACAAACUCAGGAAGUACUACUACGUGUAUUAUCUCCCUUCAACUUCCGCUUCCCAAGAUGGCGACCGAUCGGAUCUCAGGACUCCCAAAAGCACCGUGCGACAACGACGAGUUCAGGGCUACAGAGAUAGUGAAAGAUCGGUCGUGUCAUCAAAUGUGUCUCUACUUGAUGAUGAAGGGUAUUCAACCAAUGGGAAGACCUCUUUACCAUAUAUAGAAUCAACCGGAAGUGGAACUCUUCACUGGCAUGAUCAUCCAAGAUUUCCGGAAGACGUUGACAUUCAUGGUAUGAGCACUGCGCAUGACCAAGAUUAUUUAACCGGAAGGAGUUCGCGCGUGCAUAUUGUUGUCGACAUGCCGGAUAUAAUCUACAGCGCCCCUACCCCUGACGUCAUUGAAGGAAUGGAGGUUAAAAAGGGGGGAUCACUCUCAAAGACUUACAAACAGAAUGAAAUUCGACAAAGAGAGUUACAGAACUUGAUUGAAGAUGUCAAGGAGCUUAAUAUGAGAACCGAGACAUUGACAAGUGAACUAUAUCAUUAACAGUAUUUAUGUAUUACAUGCAUGUGGACAUAUCAGGCCCUUCUAUAUCAGUUUGUGAUAUGGUUAUACAUUUCAGGAAUUUUGCUUCAUUAUAUAGAGAAUAUGUCUAACCUAACAGUCAGAGUAAGGGCUUAUGACAAUAUCAUUUUGAGUAGAGAAUGUAUAUAGAUUUGAUUUUGCUCAAAAUCAUCCACAUUUCUGCGGAAUAACAUGUCCGGCGAAACCCGGAUUAUCGAAUGUCCAUUUGAACGAUCAUGGGUACAUUGUAAUGCCGAGCCGUCGUAAGAGGCGACUAGCGGGAUUGGGUGUAGCCCGUCGACUUGGUUGACACAUGACAUCGUGUACAACGAUAACCGAUGCCAUCACUGAAUCGUCUGGUCCAGAAUCGACUAUUUACUGACCUCCGUCAUGCAGCGCUUGCUGAGUUCGGUGUUAAGCAGUGCACAAACCAAACCAUGUCAGAUUGCAUAUUUUAAUUUCCAAACAGUAGGAACUUCCAAACAGUUCUCGGAACUGAUGGGUUGAUGGAUUAACGAGGUUACACUGCACUAAAAAAAAUCACUGUAUAUUGUCUACAGUUGACAUUGUCAGAUCAGUGGCAUGUUGCAUGAUUUAAAAAUGAAUAAAACUAUAAAAUUC